AUGAAUGGGAUUAAAAAGUCUCAGCGGAAGUUCUCUCUGGAUAGCUCUGGUUACUCUCUGGAAAGCGGAGGGCAUCUUGGGAAAACAAAAUCCCGUAAGUUUAGGAGAUCUUCAGAGGACAGGAAGACUCAAUCUCUAGAGGAAGCCCAGCUGGAGUUCCAGGAACUAAACAGGAACCAGCACAGACACAGCCUCCCUAGAACAACUACCAUAGAAGAGGAGGGUUUCGAUCGAACUGAUGGAUCCGUCAACAGAAAUAGUUUCAAGAACCAUACGAAAACAUUCCACAAAAUCUUUCCCGAGAUUCCUGAGGCUGAAGAAUUGACAUAUGUUUGUAGUUGUGCUCUACAAAAAGAAGUCCUCUACCAAGGAAAACUGUUUGUGUCAGAUCAGCAUGUCAGUUUCCACUCUUCUGUUCUGCUUAAGGAAACAAAGGUUGUCAUUCCAGUGUCUACAAUCCAAACAGUGAAGAAAAAGCACACAGCACGAGUCGUGCCCAAUGCUCUAGCAAUCAUCACCAACGCUGGAGAGAAGCACCUGUUUGUAUCGUUUCGCGGUCGGGACGUGUGUUUCAGGCACCUGCAGUCUGUAUGCCCACAGUUGCUGACUGCAAGUGCCAAUGGUAGUCCACAGAUGUCACCUGUGGAAAACAGCCAGGACCUGGAAAUUGACACUAUCUCCAAUCAAUCCAGUCAAGAAGAUGUGACAGACCACAAUGGACAAUUUCUUUCUCAGCAGAAUCUGAGUGGAGCCAAAACCCUGCCCUUGACCUCUUCACUUUCUGACCUUAGCCGAGUACCUACAAAAGACAGUUCAACACCAAGAGGCAGCACAAGCAGAGAUGAGCACUCAUCUGAGGAGAAGGAGGAGACAGCUGUCUCCAGGGUUUCCAUGGUAACCAAAAAGGUCAAGUCCUUCCUUUCCAUGAGAGAAUCCAACAGCCUGAACAGCCUUCUCAUCAUCUAUUUAAUACUGGUGGUAUUGCUACUGCUGUCUUCUGGAUAUAUUGGUCUCCGCAUUGUAGCUCUGGAAGAACAGCUCAGGUCACUGGGAUCCAUGGUCGACUUUGGUUUGCCCACAGAGUGA